AUGCCUGCCAAACUUAUCGACAGAUACGAUCACGUUCCAGUGACAAAGGAAGACCUCGAUUGGGCUGAACUUGUUACUCUUGACCUCAGUCAAUAUGACCAACCCGGAGGCAAAGAAGAGCUUGUAAAGCAACUGGAUCAUGCUGUGCGGCACGUGGGCUUCUUCUACGUCAAGAACUUCAACAUCAGCCAAGAGGAAAUUGAUCGCCAAUUUGCUCUCGGUCGCGAGUUCUAUGCACUUCCUCUGGAAGAAAAACUCAAGUACCACAGUGCCUCUGACCUCGAAAAGGGCGAAUAUAACGGAUACAGACCUGCGGGACACCGGGCUCUUGGAAAUGGGGUCAAAGACAAUGUACAAGUCUACAAUAUCCCCAAGUUCGACGGCUAUCACCAACGCCAGCAGCCGCCUAUUCUCAGCGAUCAUCUGGAGGAAAUCGAAGCAUUUAGCCGGAAAUGCCACACAGAAGUUGUCGAGAAGCUUCUCCGUCUGUUCGCCAUUCUCCUUGAGCUCCCUGAGGACCAGCUUGUCCGGGACCAUCAAUAUGAUGUGAAAGGUGAGGACCAUCUUCGAUACAUGCACUACGCAGCACGCGGGGCCGAGGAGAACCAAAAGGUGGGCAGUAUGUACGUACCCGGACAUACAGACCUGGGCACGGUAACUCUUUUGUUUCGUCAACCGGUUGCUGCAUUGCAGAUCCUUAAUUCUGAGGGUCAGUGGAAAUGGGUCCGUCCGCAGGAUGGAACAAUUACGGUGAACACCUGUGAUGCACUGACUGCUCUUACGGGUGGUCUGAUUAAGUCAAGCAUCCAUCGCGUCCAUGUGCCGCCAGCUGAUCAAGCGCAUGUUGAUCGGUUGGGAGUAUUAUACUUUGCACGGCCGAAUAACCAUGUCGUGUUGGACCCGAUCCAAAACAGCCCACUACUCAACCGACUAGGGUUUACGAAGAAUGUCUUCACGGAAUUAGGGCAACAUUUGACGACUGAGCAAUGGGUCAAGGUGCGACAGACGCAGCAGCAAAGACGCACACGAGAUGCGAAGAUCUCUGAGGAUGGGAAAUACACCUAUCGGCCGAAGGAUCUUGAGAUCCUUCCAGGCCUGCAUGCGCAGGUAUACAACUAG